AUGACCUGCAAAGAUUCUUGCAAUUGUGCACAGAAUGCAGGCGGCUGUGGCUGCUGUCAGCAACAACAACCUGCCACAUGGAGAAAUGAUCCGAUUUGGGGUGGGUGGAGUACAUAUCAAGGUGCAGAUUUAACAAGGGAAGGCACAGUUAAAAUACCAGAAAGCAAAUAUAGACAAUUUGUAGCAUGGAAAGAGUUCCUGGAAGCGCGUAAAAGAUUUUUAGAUUUACUUCGAAUAGACGUUGAAAAUCAGAUGCAACAAAGACAGAACUUUAAUCCUCAAAAUCAAUUUAAUUUCCAGCGUCCACCAUUCCCUCCUAAUUGGGGACUUUAUCCAAACAAUUUUGGACAAUUUCCACCUGGAUGCUUCCAAGGAAACCCAUGGAUGCAAUACGGAUACCACUAA